UAACAAUGAUUGCGAUAUUUUUUCCUGAUUGAGGAAAAUAAAUAUAAUAAAACAGUCGUCAUUGAGGACUGACAUGAUUUGGACUUAUUAUAUUAGUAUUGAGUUGUUCGAGUACACGAAUUAUAUAAGUGAGUUUAUGAAUUAAUUAACACAUUAAAUGAUUUGUUUUCAGUUUAAAAUUAUUUAUUUAUCGGUCCAUAAAGGAUUUAACCAGAAACGAUGAAGAGUCUACAAACACAUGCAUUAAUACUUUACCUGGAAUAUUGAUAAAAAGUGGAUUUUUUAAAAUAAUAAAGAAAACGCUGUGUAAACAGGAUGAUAUUUCAAAUAUUAGCUAUUCUUUGCGUCACUCGAUCAUGUUUGGCAGUGACGGUGAUAAUAAACGGGAAGGAGGUGGACUGUAAUGGCCAUUGUGCUUGCUGUGAAGGAGGAGAGGAUGAAUGUAGAUUCGCUGAAGGAAAAUCUGAUUAUUGUUUGAAAGGAUGUGUAAACACAAUAUACGGAUACAGAUGCAAAAACCCCUGUCCUGUUAACUGUGCUACUUGCGAGCAAAACGAUGGCAGGCCGUGUUUUACUUGCAAGGAUUCAUAUUACGAUAUAAAUAGUGAUUGUAGCAUGAGUUGUUCUCUUGGGUGUGAUGGUCCUUGUAAUAAUGACGGAACAUGUAUGGCAUGUACAUCGAACUUUGAAGGAGCUAGAUGCGAUGUAUGUAUACCAGGGAAAUACGGUGAAGAUUGUUCUAUGAACUGCCAUUAUCAAAACUGCCGUUGUAAAGACUUGAAUGGAUGUGAUUCAUGUAAAUCAGGUUUUGCUGGUACCUUUUGCAUGGAAUGUGUAGCUGGAUAUUAUGGAGCAAACUGCAACAUAAGUUGUUCUAGCGGAUGCAGAGGUGACAGUUGUAUGAAAAAUGGAGUAUGCAUUGAAUGCAUAACUGGAUAUUAUGGCGAACAAUGCAAAGACAUGUGUUCUAAGGGUUGUAGUGGUGGAGUUUGUUAUAGAAAUGGGACAUGUGCUUGUACGGAUAAUUUUAGAGGUACAUAUUGUGACGAAUGUGUUGAAGGGAAAUAUGGCGAAAAUUGUCAAAAUGAAUGCAGUGUUGGUUGUUCUAUAUUGUCUUGCGGCAAAGAAGACGGAUCAUGCCUUGGUGGAUGUAAAGAUGGACUCUAUGGCAUCAAUUGUUCUCAGAAUUGUACUGAUAUUGACAGUAAGUGUUUGAAAUGUAGCCAGCUUGGUGGGACGUGUUUGAUGUGUAACAAAGGAUUUUACCGGAAUGAAACAGGAACUUGCACCACUUGCAAUAGUAACUGUAAUAAUGGAGAGUGUAAUCCUGAAACAGGCAAAUGUAUAAAUGGCUGUGCAGAACGCUUUUGGGGAGACAAGUGUGACUUCAAUUGUAGUUCAAAGUGUGAAACGUGUCAGCAAGAUUCAGGAAUUUGUUAUUCGUGUACAGAUUUUACUGUUCAUGGACUGUAUUGUAAUACAUCAUGCAGCAGUCUGUGCUUUGAAAGGAAAUGCGAACUAAAGACUGGCUUUUGUUCCCUUGGAUGCGAUGGAGACUUUUUUGGCAAUUUGUGUGAAACCAAAUGCCCUGAGAAUUGUCAGCACACAGGAACAAAAACAAGUUGUAAUACUGAUGGCGACUGUUUGUAUGGCUGCAUAAAUGAUCUUGAAGGCAGAUAUUGUACAGAAAGACGAACUUACAAUGCUUCUUCUACAAAUACUGCACUCACAGCUUUAGUGGGAGUGUUUGCUGCUUUGUUCCUUUGUACAGCUGCUGGUUGUUUCCUGUGGAAUAGACGAUUGUCUAAAUCAAUAGUACAACAAUCGGAAACACAGUUAAAUCAAUGUGAAACCGAAAGUUCAUAUGAACAGUUACAAAGACAGUCUAACGUAGAAGCAAACAUAAGUGUUGAGGACAAUUACACUGUGCUUUCAAUGUAGAAAUUCACAACAAUAAUAUGUAUUAUUUUAUACUUGAACUAGGACAUUGCAAGAAGGAAAGUUACCCAAACAUUUACCAAUGCCGAUUUUGCAAAAGUUGCAAAAUAUGUGUUGUCUUGUUGUUUGUUAAUCUUGUAUACACUUUGUUUGGGCUUGAUCCUUUUGCCUUUAAAAAAUGAAAAUGGACUCAUUUUAGUAACUGGGCUUAUCCAGUAAAACACAUCACAUUCUUAUCUAUACAAUAACUUUAACUGAUGCAUUGAAAGUACUGAAAAUGAUCUAGCUGCAACAAAUGUAACUUUACUCUUAUUUCUAAAUCAUUUUCUUCAAAUAUCUAAACUAACCUGUAAUAUUGUAGUUGAAAAUCCUAUUUAAAAUGCUGUAAGUAAGUUAUGUAAAUAACGUAUUCCCCACACAAUUUGUUCUUCAUUCUAUUUCCUUUUAGUCCCUAUGUAGGUUUAUGUAUGCAUUAAAUAUCGGCUCAUUAUUACUGUUGAUUCUGUGAGAGGAAUGGCUCAGGUUCAAGAAAAAUGGGAAUGAUUGCGUCGCAUGCUGGUGAUAACCGAAAAAUCCAAGGUGGCUACCAAAUUUUGAAAGAUCAACAAUAGCAACAUUUCAGCUUUAAACAAACUUAUUUUCUGUACAGGUGAGGUUAACUGAUCAUUUUUUCUUAUUGAUAGAACAUGAAAUUAGCGAAUGUCUCACAUUAAAAGUGGAAAAAUAUAUUUUUUGAUUUUUUUUUGUUCAAAAAAAUGUUCCCCUUCUCAUUUCUGUCAAAAGCUAUAAAGUUCCUUAAUAUGUAAGAAUUCUCAUUGCUGAAGAUGUACAAUUCCAAUACAAUUUUGACAUUUUCAAGAAUUAAUUUGUUUCUGUAAAAAGUGUUAUAAAGAAGCAAAAGUAAUACACUUUUUAAUUCAAUUUAAAAUGACUGUCAAUUGAUUUUGAUGUCAAA